UUCUAAAAAUCCCAUAGCACUAAACAGAACAUGGUGAGGUUUUAUGCGAAAAAUUCACAGCAACAAAAAUUGGCAGAGUGAGGGAAAAGUCACGGUCAUGACAAAUAAAUCACAGUUCAGACCACAACUUAUUUGAUGUGACCGUGACCAUACCUGCUAAUUGGUUGCUAUGGGUUACAGCUCUCCUGUCCCUGUGCUGACCGUGCGUUUGUGCCACCCUGCCUAAGGUAAAGUUAUAUUUUAGUGUUUGCCCUAUUUAAACAACCAGAGAGAGAGUGGAAGUUAAGCAAGUUUCCCUUGCUGUUUUGUUGCAGUAUGUCGCUCACCCCUGAGAAUCCUGAUAUUGCUGCUGAAGCCAGAGCCUGUUUAACCUGCUUUCAAAUUUUGAUGCAGCAAUUUUGAUUAGUGUGAUUUAUUCUUCCCCCCCUGUUGUUAUUGCUCGGGUACUUACCCUGGGGUUUUGAGAUGCUAUGAGGGGAUGGCCAGGAAAAGAGAAAAUUGUUUCAUACUUACCGUAAAUUUCUUUUCCUGGCCAUCCCCAUAGUAGCAUCUCCCCAACCCUUUUCUGUUCUAACCAUGUGUUUAUAUUCCAGAAGCUUGUUACUAAGACAUGGAGCAGGAAGGGGGAGGAGGCUUUAUAGGGCAAAUUGGUGUUUUCCUUCUGUCAUCACUGUGGGAGGAGGGAAUACCCUGGGGUUUUGAGAUGCUAUUAUGGGGAUGGCCAGGAAAAGAAAAUUACGGUAAGUAUGAAAUAAUUUUCUCUUUUACAGAUUAGUGGCUCUUAUUACACAUCUGAGCUGAACUGAAGUAACACUUUCCAGCUCUCCUGCUGCGCUGCCAGGAUAAAGCCAUUGGCUUCACUUGCUUGUAGGCCACAUAACUGCUCCAUCAUCAGACAUUUGGAUCCUCUGGGCUUCUGUCCUGGGAAAAUAAUUAUGUGAAUUCUGAAAAAAUGUAAAUCCAGGAAAUAUAUUAUUCAUUGGGAGCACAAAACAACGGCGUAAAAUGAGGGAACACUCAAAAUCAGGUGCAAUGUGGAGGAUCCUAAAAUCAGUCAACAUCCAAACUGUAAUAAUUGUCUUCCUCUUAAUUCUGCUCAUUGGUUCUUGGAAACCAAGUUCCUCUCCAUACUCCACCAAGAAAGAAGGCCAGCACUGCCCUGAGCUACCAAGUGUUCCUGUAAAAAAUGACCCUGAACUUCUCAUACUUAUAUGGACUUGGCCCUUUGGAGAAACCUUUCCUUUGGACACUUGCCACUCUCUUCAUGGAAUCUCAGGGUGCAAGCUGACCACUGAUAGGAACUUGUAUAGCCAGGCAAAUGCUUUGAUCAUCCAUCACUUUGAUAUAAUGGAGGACAAAGGGUUAUUGCCAAAGGAACCAAGACCUCAUCAUCAACGAUGGGUUUGGUUCAACCUUGAACCCCCUCUUAUUAUAAAGAAUCUCAAUAUGAUGGGCAACCAUAUAAACAUGACCAUGACGUACCGGACAGACUCUGAUAUCCCUCUUCCUUAUGGCUGGCUGAAAACAUUGAAGGAGCCACCAAGAGUUGACAUCCCCAAAAAGUCAAAGUUGGUGGCCUGGGUUGUCAGUAAGUGGUACCCGGGCAUAAGGCGCACUCAGUAUUAUGAGGAGCUUAAGAAGCAUAUCCACAUUGACGUGUAUGGAAAAAUGCAUAAGAAACUGAGCUGGGAAGAAUUCUAUAGCACCAUUGGUCAAUAUAAAUUUUACUUGGCGUUUGAAAAUGUCAAUCACAAAGACUAUAUCACUGAGAAGUUAUGGGAGAACUCGUUUAAUACAGGCGCUGUGCCUAUAGUGCUUGGGGCCCCCAGGGAAAACUAUGAAAAAUUCAUACCCCCUGAUUCCUUUAUUCACGUGGAUGAUUUCUCAAGUCCUCAGGAUCUGGCUGCGUUCCUUCUAGAACUAGACAAAGAUGACCACAGAUACAGACAGUAUUUCAACUGGAGAUCCAGUUACGAAGUUGUUAGAAAUGUAGGCUGGGACAGCCAUUACUGCAAAGCUUGCAAAGUUCUACACCAAUCCCAAGGUUAUCAGGUUAUUCCAGACUUGGCCAAAUGGUUCAAAUAAAGGACAAAUAUGCUCAAGAACUGCUAAACCACCAUCCCAAUAAAAAUAGAACUGGGACAUGUUCUUAUGCAUCUGCCGCUUUUACAGGGAAAGUUAAUUAUAAACUAAUAGACCAUGUCUUUCAUGAAAUAUGAAGUUAAACGCCUUCUUUUCUAUAAAUAUUGUAACUGUGCUGCCAUAA